UAUGCAGCUGGCAAAGGUUUCCAGAAGCAGAGUGGGAUGAAGAGGCCUAGUGAGGGAGACUCUAGUGCCCCUGCUAAGUGUUAUAGAUGUGGUCGGGCCGGACAUCGUGUCCAUGAGUGUACCAGUGCUGAGAUGAAGUGUUUCAAAUGUGGAAAAGGUGGUCAUUUGGCUGCAGAGUGUCGGUUGAAGACUGUAACUUGUUUCAACUGUGGAGAGUUGGGUCAUAUCAGUCCACAGUGUCCUAAGCCGAAGAAAGAGAAUCAGUCAGGAGGCAAGGUCUUUGCUUUAUCGGGUUCUGAGACUUCUGCAGAUGAUCGUUUGAUCCGAGGUAACGAGAAAUGAGUUGAGUAGAAGCGAAUGCUUGGAGUCUAGUGUAAUCUCCUUAGUGGGUCAUGCUCUGAUAGAUGUAACAUCGGGAGGGAACCUUUUAAU